AUGUCAAGUACCGAGGCUGAGUACAUAGCUGCAGCAGCUGCAACCAAGGAAGCAGCGUGGCUGAAGGGACUUCUCCAGGAUCUACAAAUCAACACAGCUGUACUAGGUGCGGUUGUUGGAAUCUCUUCCCAGCGCCAGAUUUCAGCUCCUUUCCAAUGGCGCGCGAUCGCGACAAAUAUUUCCGGUGGAGGUAUGGGAAUGAUCAACAGAGAAACUCCUUUCUUCCUUCAAAUGGUGCUCAUGGAAGUGGUGCGUGUACCUGCUGUCAAUAUGCUUGCACAAGGAUUUGGCAAAGGUCGCAUGAAUAUGGCAUCAUAUGACGGCCUUUUUGUUUUGCCACUUAUCUUCUUACAUCUUAGUACUGCCUUGAUACUGUUCACGGUUACUCCCAAACAAGCUAGUGAAUGUUGUUGUCGUUUUGAGUUCGAGAAAAGCCACCACAGAGUAUCGAAUGGGGAAUUUGGAUUCCCACAUCCUGGGGAACAGUAUCCCACUUCCACUUCGAUCAUGAACGACCUCUUUUUCGUUCCAAGCUGGGACAGUGUCCAGCAGUCAGGCCCGUUUGACUACAUCAUCGUUGGCACAGGAUUCUGUGGCUACGCCUUUGCAGCUCAAAUUCUAGAGAAAAAUCCUCAUGCAAAAAUCCUCAUGCUGGAGCGAGGACCUUUCUUUUUGCCCGCUCACUUCCAAAGUCUUCCCCUUGCUCUCCAAGGCACGGUCGCAGCAAAACUCGAAAGCUAUCCGUGGACACUCACGCAAGCCACAGCAGAGUCUCCCUAUGCAAAGUGGGUACACGGGGUGGCACCUUUUUUUGGCGGGCGAUCGACGAAAUGGAGCGGCUGGUGCCCGAGACCGACUGCCCAAGAAAUGGAGGGAUGGCACCCGUCCGUGAUCGACGCCGCUGGACGAUACUUCGAAAGAGCUGAGAGGCUUUUGAAUGUUACUAAUUCAUUCUACCGCUCCGCUUUGCAGGAAGAGAUCAUGCAGCUAAUGCACAGCCGACUCCACACCGUCAGCUCUGCAACGCGGGUGAUGCCAGCUCCACUUUCAAUUGAAGACGGAUCCAAAUUUUCAGUGGUCGGUUCUUUGCUCCAGCUAGUGCUGCGGCAGAGAACGCUUGCGAAGCAAGGUCAUGGAGCUCCUUUGAGAAUCGUUAUCAACUGCGUGGUGAAGAGAAUUUCAGAAAGUGAAGGAGUGCUUGAGACAUCCAAAGGAGAAGUCACGUUGAGCGCUAGAACGAGAAUCGUGCUUGCCAUGGGCGCAAUCCCACCCGCCACUCUACUCGUAAAUUCCAUCCCAGCGCUGGCAAAAGCUCCACUGCAAUUUAGCUCCCAUCUUAUUAGUGCCAUCACAGCAAGAGUGCCUCGAAAGGAGUAUCCAUUUGCCAGCAGACUUGAUAUCCAGCAGACACCACAGAUUGGAGCGUUCUACUUGGCAGGUGUACAUGGAAAAUUGCAAUUCCACAUCCAGGCAACUGUGAUAUCAAGCCCACGUCUGGAAUCCGAAGAUAUCAUUACCAUGGGUCAUCGAAUGCCGGAUGUUCUCACUAGUGCAACUCCGGAGCAGCUCAAACAGUCAAAGGAGUACGUUUUAUUUGUGUUUGCCAUCUUGGGUGAGCAAGAGAUUAAGAAUUCCUCUUGGGUUCGAAAGAACGACAAAGAUCCAGACUUGACAACCAACAUCAAGCUGCAGAUCCAGCAGUCUAGAGGUGAUAUGGAAGUGUGGGAUGCAAUGGAAGCAGGAGCUUUCCAAGUGCUGGAGAACAUCCUCUCCCCCAACAAGUCAAGCUCUCUCCAGUAUUGGAACAAGGGCAAAUGGACUAGCCAGCGCCCGGCCAAAGAGCUGACUCGCCGACCAGGAUGCGUUCACGAGGGAUCAUCUCUUCCUAUUGGAGAGGAUGGUAAUCAAUUAGUGGAUCUUGACUAUCGCUUGGCGGGCUCGCAAAACAUUUAUAUCACAGGUGCUGCACUGUGGCCAAGAAGUGGAUCCUGGAACCCGACUUUAACCAUGGUUGCUCUCACUCUGGACUUAGCAGAUCGUUUAUCUAAUUAA